UUGAUAACAAUCGAGCUAACUAAUUUUAGCAAUGUCAGCUUUUGUAUUAGUAGUAAGGUAGACAGACAUUUUUCGUGAAUUAACAAAAUGACUAUUGUUGAAUCAAAUCAUAGCCCUUUCAAGGUGUUGUUCUAUACAAUUUUCAUAUUUAUUAGGGUUUUAGCUAACGAAAAGUUCAGUUCACUCAAGGUAUUCCUAAAAUGAAUUUGUUCUUGGUAUAUUUAUGUAGGAAACAUCCACGUUCUGCUGAAUCAAGGAAAAGAAGGAACCAAAACAAGAGGGAAAAAUUAAAAUUGAAAAAACAACAAUUGAUUGAAGUGGAGGUUGAAAAAUCCUUACUCCAGGAGAAAAGGAUAAUGGAGUUGGAAAAAAAUAAUUCAAUUUUGAAAAGGGAGGUAAAGAAAAGGAAACCUGUAACCACAUUGAAACAAUCUGGUCCAAUCACAUAUUCAGGCUCCUUGAUUAAAUUGCAUCAAAACAAAAGCCACAAUAUUCUCAGGAAAUUAAACAGCAAGCUGCAGAUUUUUAAUCGAACAGACCUGAUGCUGAAACAGGAGAUAUUAGGUUCUGGUGUGUUUGGUACAGUCAAAGAAGGUUUUAUACCUAGUAUACAACAGAAGGUGGCAGUAAAGAUUUUUUCAGAAAAACUUGGAAGGACAGAAAUGCUUGCAGAAUGUGCCAUAUCAUUGGAGAUGUCUGGUCAUCCUAAUUUUGCUUUUGUAUUUGGUAUGUGUGAACCGAAUAGGUUGAUUUUAGAGUUUAUUGGCAAUGAUGUGACUGCCCCAACUUUGGGUGAUACUAUAUCAAAUAGUGUUAAGUUGCCAUAUUGGAAGCCAAUAUGUAUUGAUUUAAUACAUGCUUUACAUGACUUACACAACAAAGGGAUAUUACACAAUGAUCUCCAUUCACGUAACAUCUUAUUGCGCAAUUUGAAGCAUGUUAAGAUAAUUGAUUUUGGAAAAGCAACCUUGGUGGAAGACCCAGUCCGUUACUCUAUAAAACCCGGGACUCCAAAGCAUCAAAGAUACAACACCAUUCACAGACACCUGGCAUUCGAAUUGCGCAAUGUACCUGGCUCAUAUGUCUCCUGUGAAACAGAUGUAUAUACAUUGGGAUACAACUUUGAAAGUAUUGCUAAACAUGUUGCAUCAGAAAAGCUUUUGAUGAUUGCAACAAACAUGUUAAAAAACAAACCACAUGAGAGACCUUUGUUGUCUCAAUUGCUUAUUCAACUCAGUAGAUUAUAAUAAUUUAUAUAUUAUUCAGCUCGAUUUUUAUUGAGCACUCUAUGUAAAAACAAAACAAUAAAAUAUUUAUAUUUUAUUCUACAUAUAUAUUUAUUGUCAGAAUUUUUUGCGAAUUUGCAUUGCAUUCGAGAAAUUAAGUCUCCCAAAAAUUUUCAUUGACUGAUUUGCGAAAUUAAUGCAUGCCUGGCAUAUGCAAGCAUACGUUUACUAAUUUAUUUGAAGAUAUAACUUUUGAUUCAAUAACCAUUUAAAUUUUUUGCUAUUUUGCUUUCAUGUGCACCAGUUAUGCUUGACACAUACAGGUGGUUGGAGCAUGCUGACAGGCUGCCUUAUAAGAGGGCGUGCCUGGCACAUGCAAGCAUACUUAUAGCAAUCUAUUUGAAGAUAUAACUUUUGAUUCAAUAACCAUUUAAAAUUUUUGCUAUUUUGCUUUCAUGUGCACCAGUUAUGCUUGACACAUACAGGUGGUUGGAGCAUGCUGACAGGCUGCCUUAUAAGAGGGCGUGCCUGGCACAUGCAAGCAUACUUAUAGCAAUCUAUUUGAAGAUAUAACUUUUGAUUCAAUAACCAUUUAAAAUUUUUGCUAUUUUGCUUUCAUGUGCACCAGUUAUGCUUGACACAUACAGGUGGUUGGAGCAUGCUAACAGGCUGCCUUAUAAGAGGGCGUGCCUGGCAUAUGCAAGCAUUUAUAGCAAUCUAUUCGAAAACAUUGUGACAAAAAAAUAUAUAGCUGAAGCUAAAUAUCAAGUAUUUAGUAAUUCUUAGUUAUAAAUCAUCAUAUUUAAAAAGCUGCAUGUUUUGUUCCAAAGCCCAUGUAAAUUCUUUUAAUUUGUUUUGACUUAAAAAAUCCAACUU